AUCCAACAAAGACAAAAACACUUAACCUUUAAGUUGGUCUUAGCCAUUGGUUUGUGUCUUAUCUAUCUAGUUGUGAGUACAGCUUUGUUUUGUGUUGUUUCUCAAACCCAAUUAUUCAAAGUCAAUAUUAAUGUUCACCCCAAUUCGAGUCUUUGAUUUGUCAGAUCGCAAGAAACAGCGCUCCCACGCAUUAGGUUGACCCCUUUGCUUUUUGCACUUUUGGUUCUUCCUCUUACAGCUCAUCGAUCAACACUGGUUGGAACAGAAGAAAAGAUAAAAGAGUGUACCUUUAUUUAUUUAGUUUUGCAUUGGGGAACGGGAAAACUGACCCUUAUAUAACAGUAAUUUCGAAAUGAGUGGUAGUUAGGAGGCUCAGAAACACUAUCUAGCAGAAUUUUCAUGUGGGCUUUUGUUCAGUCAAGUUUCUUCAAUAUUAUCGUGGGAGGAAACUAAUACGAAGACCCGGAAGCUUUUUGACAAAGUGAAUACUGCAAAUAAAUGAGAGCAUACAAAUUCCUCACUGCACCUUCAUCAAAUUCUUCUUUCUGAGCCUUUUAUAAAUGAUCAAAUUAGUUUAGAUUUAUCAGGAAUAAUGUGAACUUUAGAAUGAAGAAAUGGAAGAGGCUACAUGUAAAAAGGAGAAAUGUGUGAUUGUAAAAGUGGAUUAAGAAAAAGUUUACCACUCUAUGAGUUGAGAUUUCCUUUAGUACAUGUUAGGAAGACUAUACUUUUGUAGUAAAUUGUUUACAUGGAUGGAGGGAUGUACGGAAUCAUCCACCAUAUCGAUUCUAGUGAACAGGAAAUCAUCUAUAGAGUCUAAACCAAGUAGAGGAUUAACACAAGGGGAUCCGUUAGCACCUCUUUUGUUCUUAAUUGUUAUGGAAAGGUUGGCUGGGCUGGAUAGACAGGCUACUGAGAAAAUUAUGCUAGAAGGUUUGAAGGUGAAUAUGUUGCAAUUUGCAGAUGACAUGUUUUAAAUUUGCAUUAGGCCUAUGGUUAACUUCCAUAAGAGUAAGGUUGGGGAGUUGGGUAUAGACAAAGGGGAACUAGAUAGGUACUCCAAAAUAUUAAACUGCAGGAUAAUAAAUGUACCCUUCAUAUACCUGGGAAUUAUUGUGGGGAAAAAUCCUACGAAGCAAAUCUUUUGGUAGCCGGUUGAGAAUAAAAUCAAGAAAAGAUUGUCUUGGUGGAAAGAAAGAUUUGUCUUUUGCAGACCCGGUGUGCCUAAUAAAAUUUGUUAUUACAACAAUUUCCUUGUACUAUCUGUUCUUUUUAAAGGCUCCAGUGGAACUUUCUUUGAGGCUGGGGAUCACAAGGUAGGAAUACAACGUGAAUUGAAAGGGAGAACACAUAUAAACCAAAGGAGGAAGGAGGGCCAGGAGUGGAAGUGAAGACUAGGAGUGAAAAACCAAGGUUCAUGGAAGGAAAUGCUAGGCUGCAAGUAUGGAUAAUGGACAUGGUUGAAUGAGAGACCUAGAUCAAAUCAUGAAUUUUGGUGAUGUGUGUGGAAAGGUGAGGAACCACUUCAGUUGAGAUUCCCUAGAUUAUAUGAAACUUGAAUAACAAAAUGAAAAGUUGGGGAGGUUGGAAGAUGGAAUGAGAGUAGAUAGGAGUGGUGUAUGAAGUGGAGAUGGGAAUGGUUUGAGUGGGAAAAAGAUCAAGUUGAUGUGUUCAUGCAAGAGAUUCAAAGAAUUUUAUCACAUAAAGAAAGGGAGGACUUAUGGAUGUGGAAAAAUGAAGAUACAAUCAUAGGAGAGGCUGAAAAACUACAGACCACCAAUGGAUGAAUUUGGUAAAAAAGAUGAAGGUCACUUUUACGCUGUAGAUUCAGCUUUUGGAAAACCCUACGCACUGCAGGGCUUCUCAACAAAAGAAAACGACGAGCAAGAAGAGUUAUCCCUUCAAGCUUUAACGGAAAUAGAUUAUCGACUAGCCUAUUUUACCGAGAAGUUGGUGAACUUGAAUGUGCUUUAUAUUUAUCUAUUAAGCGAGGAAAGUGAUCUUGAAGCAAUGGAUUCAAAGAAUAACUGCAUCUUGGCACAAUUAUUUGAGAAGGCAAUGUCAUUUGAUUUAUUGGCUGGCAUUUUGGAUUCUGAGGUAAGAGAGCUUGACAGUUUCAUGGACGCUCUCCAGGAAGAAAUUGUUAUUGCUCGUCAAAAAAUAUUUUCGUGCAGACAUUUGACCGAACUUUUCCUUAUGAUGGACAAAAAAUUGCAUGACUCCGAAGAGUCUGUGAAACAGUUUCAACAGCAGUUAAUGGAGUUGAAAAUGCAAUCAUCCCAGUUACAGAAAACCAUGGAUGCUUAUAGAAAUGAGAAUUGCGAAACCGGGAAGGCCUUGAAUUUAUCAGGAAAUGGUCAACUUUCAGACGUGAAAGCAAAACCCAAUGAUCAGAUGGUUGAACAACGAAGAUAUAUUCUGCAAAUGCUUGAGAAAUCUUUUGCGAGGGAGCUAGCUCUUGAAAGGAAGUUAGCAGAGUCAAAAGACAAUGAGGACCUAAAGUUGAAACUCCGUUACACGGAACAAGUGGCAUUUUAUAUGGAAGAAGCAGCAGAAGUAGUUUGGGGAAGAUUUCUAGAGGCAGAUAAUGCUGCAGAGGUGUUAAUGGGGAUUUCUAAAGGUAUAAUGGGACGUCUUCAAGUAACUGAGUUCAAUCUCAGUAGUUCUAUGCAACGAGAAAAUGAGUUGAGAUCAACAGUUCAAAAUUUGAUGGAGCAAAUCAAGGCUAAAGAUGCUGCUUUAGAUAAGCUUGAGACAUGUAAUGUCGAGAGUACUAAGGAAAAAUCUGAUGUGUUGGCUUUGAGGGAAAAGGUGAAAUUUCUUGAGAAGGAGAGAGAGGAUUUUGAGCUUCAGAUUAAUAAUGCGAUUGCAGAGAAUGAAGUAUAUCAUGAACAUCAAAUUGAAAUGGAAAAUUUUGUUGAGUCUCUAAGAGAAAACAUUGAUAUUGCAUUAAGUAGGGCUGAGAGUGCGGAAGCCAAGGUUACACAGCUAACUGAGACCAACUUGGAACUUACUGAAGAGAUAAAUUUUCUUAAAGGGAGUGCUAGCACUGCAGAAAAAAAGGUUGGUUCACUUGAGAAGCAACUAAGGGAAUUAGAUAUCCAACUACAGACUGCAAAGGCAUCUUCUGAAGCAAGUCAAGAACAGCAGAACAUGUUAUACACAGCUAUAUGGGAUAUGGAAAUAUUAAUUGAAGAGCUGAAGUCAAAGGUUUCAAAAGCUGAAAGUAAUAAUGAAAGUGCUGCUGAGAAAUGUUCUGUGCUAUCUCAAACAAACUUAGAACUUCAUAAAGAAUUGGAUCUCCUUAGGUCCAGAACAAUAUGCUUGAAGACGUCUUUGGAUCAAGCUAGCCAUACAAGUUUUUCAAGGGCAAAAGAAAUUGAUACUAAAACCAAACUUAUCAUGGAUAUGGUAAUGCAAUUAGCUGCUGAAAGGGAGCACAUCAAUAACCAGUUACUUGCAUUAAAACAGGAAAAUAAACAUUUGGUACAAAAGUUAAAGAAUACUAAAAUUGAUGGAUCUUUACAUACUUGCAACUAUGGACUGAAUAACAGAAACGAAGAUCAAGCUUCCAACAUUGACUCAAGCAAUGAUAGCUGUGCUAAGUCCUCGGAUGAGGAAGUAAUAGAUCACUUUAAUGCCGCCUUUCAGGUGGGUGAAGAAAUUGCAAGCUCAAAAACUGGAGUGGCAUCAUCUAUUUCGGCAGAUAAGCUUGCAAGUUGCAGAAAAUUGACAUUUCUUUCAGUAGCAUUUUUUGUCCCGCUGGUUUCUGUGUUAGCCAUCUGGUUGUUGGACAAAGGAAACAUUUUCAUUUCCGAAAGCUUAUGAUUGCCAAGUUAUAUGAAGGCUAUAUAAAAUUUGUGCUUGUGUAGUUGGGCUUCCCUGAUAUAUGAUUGCCUAGAGCGUCUUUAUGUUAUCUUAGUUGCUGUAAACUAAUAUUAAAAUUUAAUUGAAGGUUAUUCUAUCAUUAGUGCUUAA